UCCACUUUUUUGUUUUUUUUUUAAAAAAACAUUUGAAUGUGAGAGAUAAAGUUGUCGUACGCACCCACCCCCACUCACCCCACCCUCGCUCACACUCAGCCCUCGAAUUCGAGACUCGCCGGCACUCGGCUGAGUGGUAAUUUAAGCGCCGGAGAUUCCGAGAGAGAAAUUGCGACGACGACGUUGUUAGCCACUGCAUUAGCAUCGCCACAUUCAAAGAGGUAUUUAUCUUCGGUAAAUAUAGGAAAUGUCGGAGGAUGAGAAGUUGUUGAAGGAGGCGAAGAAGUUGCCGUGGGAGGAUCGGCUGGCGCACAAGAAUUGGAAAGUGCGAAAUGACGCAAAUAUCGAUUUGGCGGCCGUUUGCGACGCUAUCACAGAUCCCAAGGACCCGCGCCUUCGUGAAUUUGGUCCGUUUUUCAGGAAAGCGGUGGCUGAUUCCAAUGCACCGGUGCAGGAGAAGGCUCUCGAUGCCCUCAUUGCGUUUUUGAAAGCUGCAGAUGCUGAUGCUGGAAGAUACGCGAAAGAGGUAUGCGAUGCAAUCGUGGCAAAAUGUCUAACCGGAAGGCCUAAAACAGUGGAGAAGGCACAGAUGGCAUUUAUGCUUUGGGUAGAGUUGGAGGCUGUUGAAGCUUUCCUGGAUGCCAUGGAGAAAGCCAUUAAAAAUAAAGUUGCCAAAGCUGUUGUACCUGCAAUUGAUGUUAUGUUUCAGGCAUUAAGUGAAUUUGGAUCAAAGAUAAUACCGCCAAAGAGAAUUUUGAAGAUGCUUCCUGAACUUUUUGAUCAUCAAGAUCAGAAUGUUCGCGCUUCUUCUAAAGGGCUUACACUAGAACUUUGUUGUUGGAUAGGAAAGGACCCCGUCAAGUCAAUAUUGUUUGAAAAGAUAAAAAAGAGUUGGAAGCCGAGCUUGGUAAUGUCACUGGAACUGCAAAACCAACCCGCAAAAUCAGGUCUGAGCAGGACAAGGAGCCCGAACCAGAAUCUGUUUCUGAGACUGUAGGUUCUGUACCCACUGAAGAAAAUGUAGCUGAUGUUUAUGAGCUGAGGCUCACGGUCUACUCACUGGAGUAACUCGUCUGGGUGGGAGCACGGUCAAUUCAUUUGGCAGGUCAAGGACACAGCCUCCACAGUAACCACCAGAUCAGGGUUCACCACGGGAGAUCCGUUUCCGAGUGGAUUUACUAGCGACGAAUCUUGGGCGUCGUCAGGACGUGAAGAUCCGGAGUCACUACCAGAGUCGGAAACAGAGUCAGAAACAGGUGAAACAGAGGAAGUAGUUAUGGCGCACGUAGUAGACCCAGAUCCGGAGAUAGGGUCGCUAACUGCCCAUUUAGAUGGAGAGCCAGCACAGGCCAUAGUGACGAACCCACGUCAGAGGUCCAUUGAGAUCAAGACGAAUGUGCUCGGCAUCUUACCGACAUUUUCUGGGCGAAGAAGUGAGUGCCCCGAACGAGGUUUUGAAUGAAUUCAGUAAAUUGUGCAGCAUCCAAAAGAGGCUAAAUGAUGCGACGGAGGAGGACUAUCGCUUGCGCGCGAUUCCUUUCACUCUGAAGGGGGAGGCCAACACAUGGUUAUUACGGUUACCCCUGGAUUCCAUCCGCACUUGGAGAGACUUUAAAUUGGAGUUUUUAGAUUAUUUCUUCCCAUCCAACAAGACGAAUGCUCUGAAGGAGAUAGUGUAGUGCAAACAGGACUAUGACGAGUCAUUGAGCCAAUACUGGUCAAGGUUCAAAGGAUUGCCGGAUGCAUGCCCGAAUCACCGGAUGAUAGAGGCAGAGACCUAUUCUCUGUUUUAUGAAGGAGGGACUCCUGAGGCGAAGGACUUGAUGAAUUCCUCAAGCGGAGGGAAUUUUACACGGAAAAGAGGAAGUGAGGCACGAGAGAUUCUGGGGAAAUUGAUAGAUGCCAAGAAGGCAUAUGAUAGUCCAAGGAAUGCUGUGAGAAGAGGUUCUGCGAAUGCACUGAGGGAACAAGAUGAUGAUAAAGUAGAGGCAAGGAUAGAUAGACUUGAGAAGGCUCUUUUGAAUGCUAUCGAAAAAACUAAUUCGUCAGCGCCACCGGAGAAGGAGAAACCGCCUGGUCCAGGAGAGUCCCAAUUUCAACAAUAUUACGGAUCCCAGGAAAGAGAUUACCAGGCCCAGGUGAAUGCGAUGGGGAGUUGGAAUCCCGAUGGAAGUUGGAACCCCCGGGAGACAAAGAGAUGCACCCUAGAGGAAUCAUCCAAAUUUUAAAUGAUCUGAUAACGAACAGAGCCAGCCAGCACUACAACAGAGUAUACAGUUUGCACCUCAGCCCGAGAGGUAGGGCAACUGGAGGAAUCAUGAAGGGCAAGACAAUUGGAACAAUCGGAACCAGGGAGAUCACUCGAACUGGAGAAACAGGAAUCAAAACCAUUAGGGGAACUCUUAUGUGCCACCACACCAAAGGAAUUUCCAACCCACCUACCCAGGUCAAGGAAAUCAGUUCAACAACAAUUUAGGGGGUCAAGAAAAUAUUCGCCCUACCCAAAGAAGUGGAGCAAACCAGAAUGCAGGACCCGGCCCCAGUCAACCGAGUUCUAAGCCACCAAGGAAUCUUGAUGAAAAGGUGCACGACCUCAUCAGUUCUCAGCAGCACAUGCAGAACAACUUACAGUCGAACAAUGAUGUAGUCCACAAGCUUCAGGAUGCUCAGCAAGAACAAAAGGCGGCAAUGGAUAUGUUAGCAAGGCAGCUGUCACAGAUUGCUACUUCAUUGAGUGACAUGCGAGGUAAUGAGGGUAAAAUUCCUGCCUCAGUAAAACCGCCUGAUAGGGCCAAUAUUAGCCAAAUUACCUUAAGGUCUGGGAAGGGGUACGAAGGCCCAACAAUGAGACCGAAGGAAGUCACAGAUCCCACCGAGGGCAAGGAGACAGGGGGUAUAACCUCUAGACCGAGGAACUUGGCUGCAAACAAUCUCAUGAUUAGAGAUGAACUCAGAGCAUGAGAUUUGAAGAAACCAUUGCCCAGAGAAACUGAACCAUUUUUCCUCGAUCCAGGGCCAGAGUUGGUAAGGGAGGAGGAGAAGAAAGAAGUCGAAGAAUUCUCGGCCGGUAGCUCUACAGGAACAGGGAAGCUACCGAAACCAUUCCCAAGCCGAGGGGAAGCAAAGAAAAAGAAGGAUGAGCCGGUAGAUUUUAUAGACAUUUUUGGGAAGCUGGAAAUCCAUCUACCAUUCUUACAGGCUCUGAAAUUGCCAGUGUCACCAAGGAAUAUAUAGCUGGUAAGGCGAGACCUAGUGGAAAAAUUCUGAUAGGCGAGAAUGUGUCCGCGGUAAUUCAGAAGCGGAGGAUGCCUUCGAAAUGCAAUGAUCCAGGUAUGUUUACUUUGGCCAUCUCUAUUGGUGAUGUAAA